AUGCCCGAAAGUGAAACCAAAUCAGCGGAUGUAUCCGAGAUCAUCGAAGAAAUCUCUGCCAAGGACGCCAAGAAUGUUGACAGUUAUGCCAAGGACUUUGACAUUUACGCAAUAACUGAGGAGAAUAACGGCUGGUAUACGAAGAGACUCCAAAUUGGCUCGUACAAGUUUCCCCCCUACAAUUCGGCCUUUAUCCAGUUGCUGAUGACGUCUUUCAUUUGUUUCCUAUGUCCGGGAAUUCAUAACGCCUUGUCUGGUAUGGGUGGUGGUGGUAGAAUCGAUGCCUCAACAUCGAACAUUGCAGGUAUCGCCUUUUCGUGCGUGUCUAUUCUUGGGUUCUUCUAUGGAGGAAUCUGCAAUAGGCUUGGUGUAAACCAGACGAUGGCAUUAGGUGGUAUUGGAUAUUCGGUUUAUGCGGCUGCAUUUCUCUGCUAUAACCAUACCCACAACAUUGGGUUCGUUAUUUUUGGAGGUGUCUUGCUAGGUGCGUGCUGUAACUUCUUAUGGAGUGCGCAGGGAACAGUCAUGAUGUCCUAUCCUAUCGAAAGCCACAAGGGACUGUAUAUUUCUGUAUUUUGGAUCAUCUUCAACCUAGGUGCUGUCAUUGGCUCUAUCAUUCCCUUGGCCAACAACAUUCAUGUCACAACGGCUAAAGUUGUCGCAGACGGAACCUAUGCGGCCUUCAUAGCCCUCAUGGCUGUGGGUGCGUUGCUUGGUAUGUGUCUGUUGCCCGCAGGUAAGGUUAUCAAGUCUGAUGGAACUAGAGUCAUUAUUCAAAAGAAUCCAUCCUGGAGGUCGGAAAUUCAAGGGUUUGCAAGUGUGUUCCACACCGAUACUUAUAUCAUCGCUCUGUUUCCUUUGUUCCUUGCUUCCAACUUUUUCUACACGUACCAGUUUAACGACGUCAAUGCUGCAAGGUUUAGCACAAGAACAAGAGCUUUGAACAACCUUCUGUACUGGUUCUGCCAAAUGUUUGGCUCCUUCAUUAUUGGAUACCUCUUGGAUUGGAGCUAUCUCACCAGGCGCAUGAGAGCCAAAGUGGGAGUUAUUUUCUUGUUUGUCAUCACCAUGGCCAUUUGGGGAGGUGGUUGGGCAUAUGCCAAGUCUUACACCCGUGCAGAAGUAAAGUCAGGAAAGUUGACCGUUAUGGAUUGGUCUGACUCCGGCUACAUUGGGCCAAUGUUCUUGUUCAUGUUCUACGGUGUAUAUGAUGCAAUGUACCAAACAUUUUGCUACUGGCUGAUUGGAUCAUUGACAAAUAAUGCCAGAAAACUUGCUAUCUUUGCUGGUUUUUACAAGGGCAUGCAAUGCGUUGGAGGUAUUAUCGUCUUCUGUAUGGAUUGGAAGCUUGUCGAAUAUCAUGCAAUUUUUGGAACUUCGUGGGCUCUUCUUGCUUUUGGAAUCCUAUUGGCAGUUCCUAUCGUCUUCUUGAAGGUUAAAGAAUCUACAGCCAUCGAGGAAGAUCUUAAGUUCAGUGAUGAAACCCUUGAGGAUGUCAUUGGGAAAAGAGGUCUAGAAGCUUACAUCUCAAACGGUGAAGAGGAAAAGGUUUAG